AUGUACUGCCUUGCAGCUACGGCCGCUUUGUGCGCCUUUGCUUGGCUUGUGGUGCACUUCUACGAUAAAUCACAUGGUCGUGGCAAUGACCGAAAUCCUGCAUCCGUCUACCGCAGUUUGUCCUACGCCUUCGCAAUCGCGAGCUUCAUCAUGGUCGCCGUCAUGGAGCCAGAUUGCGGCUAUGCCGGGCAUCCGGUGUGCUACAAGAACUGCGGGUUUUAUGCAGGCUCCCACUUCACAUUGUCACUUAUUGGAUUGAUGCCCUUCUACAUGGCCCUGGUGCCACUACAGUGCUGCACGGCCUUUCCCGUGGCUUUCCCAUCCAUCCGGUCCUCGGCCGAGCCGAACCCGGAUGAACUCGAGGCCCAAGGCCCGAAAUCCGGUUGGUGA